GGUAGCUACUCGGCCGGCGACAGCAGAAGCACGCGUCUGCGAGAGCACCCCACACAGUACUGUGAGCGCUGAAAGCGAGCUGGAACCUGCGUUCCGACCCAUCCCCUACCUGUUCUACUCGACGCUGGCCACCACCACGACACUAUCUCAACCACGCACAUGCCCGACGCUUAUUAGGAGCUUACAUCCGUCAUGACAUUGAAGUUGAUGGUGUCGUGUCGUAAGUGGGCUCCCCGUGUCGGAAUCUUGAUUGCUUCCCGACGGCGGUCCCACACCUUACCGGUGCCUGCCGCCUACCCUCCCGAUACCCCUUCCGUACGGAUACCGCUGCAUGACAACAUCUGGUGUAUCUCUAUUGGCUUUCUGCGCCUCCUGGCGCUGUCUAGCGAGGCGGAAAGGACUUCCGGGCUGCGGGCCUCUGAUUCGGAGACCCUUGACGACCCUGGCAAACUUUAGGUCUGUCCUUGCACUGCAUGGUCUCCACUCCUUACACCGAGAGGCGCCCUGCCGUCUCGGUGAGGUGGCUGCCGUGCCGGUUCGCUCGAAGGGAGGCGGCAAGCACCAAUUGCCCCUUGAUUGCCCCGGAAAGUGGCUGGCUGGCUGCCGAGAUGGUUGCCUGCAGAAUCGGGAAAAGAGACAACCUCUUCAUCCCCCAUGGACGCGGAACAACUGGGAGCAUUCCAUCACAUUCCAGAACACAUUUCUGCGGCUUCUUGGAGGACCAGGGGUUUUUCUCGUUUUCCCCUCUCUGUAUCACCAUCCUGUUCAGACUCGCCUCCUUCGGCCCGCUGUUGUGCUCAGCUCAACUCGCUCAUUUCCUUCGUCCCUUUCCACCUUACGCCUACGUGUUUGCCUGACCGGAUCUAUCUAUGGUUUUGCCGUGAUGCUAGGCGAACAGGGCCAUGAAGAUGGAUCAAAGUACGGGACGUGGCGAGGUCCAUCUCUUUCCGCGGAGGCCGGUUCCACGGCGGUCGAUAUCCUACCCCUGGGCGAAGAUCUCGUGCACCAGUUCUUUUUGUCACAGAGACUUGCUUGAGAAGUCACUGUUUGGAGAGAGUACUCGGAUGUUAUCACGGUACGGUGGUUACUUACGAUACUCGACAACGGCGACGACGGGUUUUUUA